AUGGCGCACCCUCGAGCCUGUUUUUCCCUAUCGACACGACCGUUUCUUUCAAGGCGCGCACGUUGCAGCCCGGCGCUUUUGCAAUUUGCACGAAAACCAUGUAUCGCAAGGCCUCGAUUUCAAAGCACUAAUGCCGAUGUCCCACCGCUAAGGCCCAGCAAUCCUGCCGUACCAGACGAGUCAUCUCCAGACCUGUCGCAUUUGGAUCCUACUCCCGAAGACUACUCUCGAUUCAUUUUCCAAGAUAAAUGCCGGGUGACAAUGCACGCCGGGUCUGGUGGCCAUGGCUGUGUCGCAUAUCUCCGUGAGAAAUACAUUGAGGAGGGACCCCCGUGCGGUGGCGAUGGUGGCAGCGGUGGAGGAAUCUAUAUCCAGACCGUGGAGGGCUUGACCAGUCUUCAUAAACUGGCACGCCGAGGAAUUAUCAGAGCUAGCCGGGGUCGAAAUGGCCAGGGAAAAAGCAAAGGUGGAAAACGAGGCGACGACAUACUUAUCCAAGUUCCCGUUGGCACCGUGGUGCGAGAAGUAAGCCGCUAUGACCCGGUCGAGGAGCAAUGGGCUCGCAUCAAGGAAGCCAAGGAAUCAGCUCAAUUCGCCAAAGAGAAGAAGGAGGUCUGGGGUAACCCCGAUGACCUCGAAGCCGAUAAUGAGGAGCUAGAAGAGCCAGAGGAGCCGGAGUACAAUCCCAUUCAACACGACCGCUGGGUGCUACACCCAUCCUCCAAGCCAUCUGAUUUCCUGAUGGUGCAAUUUCCGAAAUUAAACCCGCGCCGACAAAACAUCGCAGCCAUGGAGCCGAAGGCGCCUAUUUGGCUUGACCUCUCGAAACCCAUGGACAAACCCAUGCUUUUAGCCGCCGGUGGUGCUGGCGGUCUAGGAAAUCCACACUUCUCCACGCGCUCGAUGGGACGACCUAAAUUCGCAUCUCGUGGAGAAGGCGGCAUGAUGCUUGAGCUCGACUUUGAGCUCAAAAUUCUGGCGGAUGUCGGCCUAGUUGGAAAGCCUAACGCCGGCAAAAGUACGCUCCUGCGCUCCUUGACGAACAGUCGGACACGCAUUGGAAACUGGGAGUUCACCACUCUUUCCCCUCAUAUUGGUACUGUGAUCACCGAUGAUAUGAAGGGCCGCCCACUCGUGGAAUCGAAGGCCCGUCGCACUCACUUUACUAUCGCCGAUAUCCCCGGUCUGGUCGAGAAUGCCCAUCUGGACCGAGGACUUGGACUCGGGUUCCUGCGACACAUCGACCGGGCUGGGAUUCUGGCCUUCGUCGUUGACCUGAGUGUUGGUAACCCCGUGGAAGAGCUGAAGAAACUGUGGCAUGAGCUCGGGGAGUAUGAGCGAAUCCGCGAUACAGACCCUGACUGUGGCCCAGAGGAAGAAGACAAGAUCAUCGAAUGGAAUCCAUUCACGGAGGAGAAUGAGCAUGACGAACGCCCAUGGAAACCCGACAGCGAAGAGCCGGCCCGACUAGCUCCCAAUGCAAGCCCUGAUGGAUCUUUGCCUCCACUGGCCAUGCCUCCUGUGCAUAUGAAGCCCUGGUUUGUCGUGGCUACCAAGGCAGACUUGGAAAACACCCAGUCCCAGUACCGUGCUCUGCAAGAGUAUCUGUCUGGUGUCCAGAACGGGUCAAUUGAGCAUCCAUCUGGCCACGCUAAGGGAUGGAAAGACCGAGUGUGCGCUGUCCCCGUCAGUGCCAAACAAGGCGAGGGUGUCUCUCGAAUUCCGAAGCUGGUGAUGGACCUUCUGGAGUGA